ACUCGAGGGAAUCCUGAUCCAUCGAAAAUCUCAUACAAAAAGACCUGUUAUGUCUUUUUCCUUUCUUUCCUACCGGUACUCUAUCUGCUCUACCGAUGCUAUCCGUAUUCCAUACCUACCGGUACGGAUACCCUAGAACAACAUCGAUUGGUCUUCACAACCCAACGUUCCAGUGAAACACAACCUACAGCAUCCACGAACGGAACGGAACGGAACGGAACAGAACAGAAGCGGGACGGCUAUUUUCUACCCACAACCAUGGCGGACACAGCAGUUGCCGACGGGAGCUCGGCUUCCCUGGAGGCGGAACUGAAUGCCCUGGUCUCGUCCAGGUCCUUCAGCGUGGCAUCCUAUCUCAACCUGGCGCUAUCGUCGUCGUCGUCGUCGGUUGCGGCACCGGGCGCAGCGCCGGGUCCGGCGCCCGACGACCUCCAGCGCAAGAUGGCCGAGCUGGCCCUGCAGCUGCAGAUCCAGACGCAGUCGUGCCACGAGGACAUCGGGCGAAUCGGUGCGGAGCUCCAGGCCAUACUCCCGCGGUGUGCCGCCGAUGUCGGCCGCGUUGGCGUCGGCCUGGAGGGGAUGCGGGUGGACGCCGAGACCCUCCUGGAAACAACGGGCAUGGGGGGAGGAGAGGACGGCCUGUCGGGAUCCCUGGAGACCCUCUCGACGCUCCACGCACUCCGGGCCAACCUGUCCGGGACCAAGGAGGUCCUCACGGCAGCGGCGACGUGGGACUCGACCAUCGGGAGCGUGGCGCCCCUCCUGGCGGAGCAGAACCUCACCGAGGCCGUUCACGCCCUGGCGCAGCUCGAGACCGGAGAGCGGGCCCUGAGGGGGAUGCCCAACCGGGAGGAACGCCAGAGGUCGAUCCAGGACAUCCGGGAGCAGGUCCAGGUGCUCCUCCAGCCCCAGCUCCGGCACGCCCUCCAAAACAUGCACACCCGGCUGGCGCCCCUCCAGCAGUGCGUCACGCUGUACUCCAAGCUCGGCAAGAUGGAUUCCCUCCGGGACGACUACGUCAAGCAGCGCCCAGGGGCCGUCCACAARGCCUGGUUCUCCUACGCGCCACCGAAGACUGCCUACGGUGGAGGUCGCAAUAGCAGCGGCGCCACCACCACAGCCACCGCUUCCGGCACGCCGGAAGACGGAGCCGCCGGUGGCAUGACGUCUUCGGACCAAGCUGCGGCGGCGCGGCAGGCGGGGGAAGCCUUUUUGGCGUGGCUGCCCGGCUGGUACGAGACGGUUCUCAACCUGCUGGGAGAAGAACGCCGCCAGGCGUCGACCGUCUUUGGACCGACCGAGGCCCCCGAAAUCGUGGUCCGGGUCCUCCGGGAAGCCUUCCGGCCCAUCCUGCCGUCGUUUCAGAGCCGGCUGGAGAUGGCCUUUUCGUCGGCCACGACGGCAACCGCCGGCGGUGCCACCGCAAUGGGAUCCCUGGAGACCAUUUGUUCCAUCUACGAAUCCACUCUGCGAUUCCUUUCCCUGGCCUACGAUCUCGUUGCGGGUACCUUUCUGGAUCUGGUCGAGUCCGGGGCGAACAAAAAAGGAGACACGGGCCUCGAGCUGUUCAAGGACAUGCAGGGCGUGUUUUUGCAGCUCGCGUCUCCCUUUGCGCUGUACGCACAGCGGUUUCCCGACCUCGAGGCCAAGCAUUCCCGCGUGGCGGCCGGAAUGGUGUCCAAGGACAUACAACAAACCGUCGGAACCCUUUCGUCGACCUCAAUCACCCUGCAAACCCUACAGGAGGCCACGAAUCGUCUCAAGGACCUGGCGUCCUUUAUCUUCCCGAUCGUGGAUGGAUCCCUGCUUCGGUUCGAGCUCCUGAACGGUGGGUAUCGUGUCCGGGCCGCCCUCCGGUCGGUCGACACCAUUCUAUCCAAUCACCUGGGAGAACUAGUCAUCGCGGUCAAUUCCCUAUCGGCUGCAAUGACGGUCGAUGCCAACAAGCUGGCGGACGAGUUCGAUGAGCAACACGUUCUCUGUGCCAUGGAAGUUCUCAAGAUGGUAGGAAACUUUCGCCGCGACAUGAGAAAUUUUGAGGGCGGAACCCGGGGGCGAAUGCAGGCCCUUUCGGAACGAAUGGAAGACCACCUAGCCCAAGCAGCCAAUCUGGAGGCCCCGGGCAAUUCGUUUCUCGUGCCAGAUUCCUUGUCAGUCAUGGAGAUCGAUUCAUACCUCACAAGCGUAUUCUGUAGCGACGACGACACGAGUACGGACGGAGACGAGGCAAACCCAUCGCUGGCGGCGCUGCAAACCAUAGGGAUCGGACAGGAUGUUCUGUAUUCCGCUGCCGAAGAGGCGGURAAACGGUUGGCGAGCAGCUGCCACUCUUUUGUCUUCGAUGUGUGCUCGGCCGUUCCCAACAAGCACCUGAAUGCGCUUUCGGAAAUGACGGCCUGGAGKGAAAGUGAUUCGGCUUCCGACAACUUCGAUUCCUAUGGCACGCUACCCCAGCAAUACAUCACACAGGUGGGUGAGCAUAUGCUGUCGCUGGUACAGGCAUUCGAACCCUUUGCCUCUGAUCCCGCCACCCUGUCCCUGGUCAACGAGGUCAUGGACAACGCACGGGACGUGGCCCUUCAAUCGUGGAGCGAAUUCGCCGCUUCCGCGGGAUACGUCGGCUCCGAUUCCGCUGUCUCCAGCCUGAUGAACGGGAAGGACAUCCUGGGCCUCGUCCUGGCAAACGCGGCGCUCACCGAGGAAGACGCGGCCCUCGAGGAAGGUGCCACGGAGGACGAAAUCCGCAGCGCGGCCUUUUGCAAUGUUUGGCUCGAUGCCAUCGGGUURGGCGUGACGGGGCGAUUGCUGGAACGGAUCAUGCGCAUCCCGCAGCUCACCCCGAAGGGCUGCGACCACCUGAACUCGGACCUGAACUACCUGGUGAACGUCUUUUCCGCGCUGGGGGUGGCCGGACACCCACACCCCCUUGUGACCCACACGGCCGCCGUUGCCAUGCUCUCAGACGACGAUCUAAAUGCGCAAAUCCGGUCUCGAAAUAUGGACUCCGAGGUCGAAAUCGCACUCCGAGCCCUGGAAGCCAGAAUAGCACUGCGGCGUGGAAUUUCGGUUGGUUAGGACAAAAAACGUUCCGGUGCACUGAUGGAGAUACUACGGGUGUUACGAAAGAACGCGAUAAUUUUGGAAAAAUUGUUAUCGACAACUACUUCCAUUUCAGAAUUCUUAGG